AGCCAAAGAAGAAACUCUAGAAAGUGUACUUUAUUGAUAAUCAGGCGUACAUCACUCCAAACUAAUCGAUCUUAUGUACAUGUACAAAAUAACCGAACGAAUUAGGCAAAUUUAGCCUAAUUCUCCCGUAUGGUCGAUAGGGGUGGAUCGUUGAAAAAAUAUUUAGAAAGUCCUACCCCACUGGUCAUCGAGCAGUGGGCAUAUGUAGCCACUUCCUAUGAUUACAACACUGGAAUUACUCGAAUGUGGGUCGAUGGUAUAGAGGUCGGUGAGCUGGAUAUUGGAGUUCGUUCACUGGCCACUGACUACGAAGUUAAAAUCGGUGCAAAGGAGGAUGAUGGUAGAUACUUCAAAGGGAGAGUUACACGGGUGAAAGUUUAUGACGUAGCGUUAACACUGGAACAAGUUUUGGCUGUUCAACAUAGAGGGGAAAGCUCGUGGAGUCUCACCGAGAUAAGAGUUAUUGUAUGUAACAAACAGUUCUUUGCGAUGCAUUCUUCAUUAGCUCUCAACAACAGUUGCCGAAUCAUCCAAUUCAACCCUGUAGCCGUGGAUAAAAUUCUGAAAAACCAUGUUAUAAGAAAUAUCAGUGUUCAGAGUCGGUCACAGUGUCAGUCAAACUGCUUCCAAGAACCCAACUGUGUGUCAUACAACUAUGGUCCAUUACAGAGUGAUACACCGACAUGUGAGCUCAGUAAUCGCACCCACCUGCAAGUCUCCAGCAGCAACUUUGUUCUAAAGGGAAAAUACCUCUACCAAAACAUCGUGAAUUACUGUGAAAGCGGUCCAUGUCCGAGCAACACAUUAUGUCAAGCCGGGUUCACGAAUAAAGGGUAUCGAUGCGUUUGCGUAGACGGAUUGAAACAUGGGGCCAACUGCGAUCAAGCACCAUCUCCCGACACCACCUCGUGGUCGUCGCCGUCGCCGUCGCCGUCGCCGUCGCCGUCGCUGACGCCACCUUCCUCGUCGGCAGGAAUAUUGCCUGAUCCUACUCCACCAGCGUGUCCGCAAGGUUGGUAUUCUUUUCAAAGCUCGUGCUAUCACCUUACCACAGAUCCAAAGAUAUGGAGUAGCGCAGUAUUGAAAUGUUCCAGCAGUGAUGCGCAGUUGGUGAGAAUUGAUUCCUCUGAAGAAAAUGAAUUUAUCAAGGCGACAUUUCUUGUUCACGAAGUAGAUUACUGGAUUGGAUUAACGGAUGAAGAUACUGAAGGAGAAUGGAAGUGGUCUGAUGGAAGCUUACUCACAGGAUUUGAAGGGUGGAUAGAAGACCAGCCAAGUGAUAGAGACCACGUGCAGAACUGCGCUGGAAUAAGAAAGAGAAACGAGGGAUCGAAUUACGAAAUAGGAUGGCACGACAAACAGUGCGAUCAACUUAAAGGGUACAUCUGCGAAAAGUAGAAUUAGAAGUUCGUUUUCCUAAAUUUUUUUAACAUUUAGUUGUCCAGUUUAUUUGUUCAUCUAAUCUGUUUGCUCUUUAUUGUCAUUGAUGUGAGAGCUGGUUUCAGUUUUCAGAAUGGGAUGGGAUGGGAUAAGGAAUUACGAUGCUGAGUGGCACGAUAAUGAUUGUGGAGAAACUAGAGGCUAAAUCUGCGAAAAGUGCAUUAAUCUACUUUUUUGGAUAAUAAGCUUUGUAUUCGUUUGUUCAUUCAAUUUUUUUCUCUCUCUUUAUUGUUAUUUCUACGGGAGCUGUAUC